AUGGCAGACAUGGCAACAAAAGCCAGCACGGUGCUUCCGGCUGAGAUACGCCUGGGAUUGGCCAGCCGCACUCGUCGCGACUCCCUUUACCCAAUGCCAUUGGCGAAGACCCGGAAUGGAUCGGGCAGCUCGCCCAAUCCGCUUUGCGAAGGAGGGACGGCCGAUUUUCCAUUGGCCAAUCGUGUUCUGCUUCUUGUUGCUUCAGAUGUUGAUGCAUUAUGUGCUUGUAAAAUACUCCAAGCUUUGUUUCAAUGUGAUCAUGUGCAAUAUACACUUGUGCCGGUAUCUGGAUGGCAAGAACUUGAAACUGCCUUUCUCGAGCAUAAAGAUCAGUUCAAGUGUUUUGUUCUUAUUAAUUGUGGUGCCAAUGUUGACCUUCUGGAGAUCUUGCAGCCUGAAGAAGACAUUUUUUUUUUUGUAUGUGACAGCCACAGACCUAUCAAUGUAGUGAAUGUUUACAAUGACACACAGAUUAAGCUGUUGGUUAAACAAGAUGAUGAUCUUGAUGUUCCUGCUUAUGAUGAUAUCUUCAGAGAUGAAGAGGAUGAAGAGGAGGACUCAGAGAAUGAAAGUGAUGGAUCAGAACCUUCAGAAAAACGUAGACGUUUUGAAGAGGAUGUAAUAGAGAGAACAAUGAAAAGGCGACAAAGACGAGAAUGGGAGGCACGCAGACAAGAAAUUCUUUUUGAUUAUGAGCAAUAUGAAUACCAUGGGACCUCAUCUGCGAUGGUGAUGUUUGAUCUGGCAUGGAUAAUGUCUAAAGACUUAAAUGACAUGUUGUGGUGGGCUAUUGUUGGCCUAACAGAUCAAUGGGUCCAAGAUAAAAUCACUCAAAUGAAGUAUGUGACUGAUAUUGGAAUCCUACAGCGUCAUGUGUCUCGCCAUAACCACCGGAACCAGGAUGAGGAAAAUUCUCUGUCAAUUGAUUGCAUGCGAAUAGCAUUUGAAUAUGAUCUGCGCCUGGCACUUUACCAGCACUGGUCUCUAUAUGAAAGUCUCUGUAAUACUUCAUAUACCUCUGCUAGCCUUAAGCUUUGGUCUGUGCAAGGGCAGAAGAGGCUCCAGGAGUUUUUGGCUGACAUGGGUUUGCCUUUGAAGCAAGUAAAACAGAAGUUUCAUUCCAUGGAUGUGUCUUUGAAAGAAAAUCUUCGGGAAAUGAUUGAAGAAUCUGCAAACAAGUUUGGAAUGAAGGAUUUAAGAGUUCAGACCUUCAGCAUUCACUUCGGCUUUAAGAACAGGUUCUCAGCAAGUGAUAUAGUUUAUGCAACAGCUUCUCUUAUGGAGAAUAUAGAGAAAGAGGGGCCUGAAACCACUAAUUUCAUUAAAGCUUUGGACAGUCUCUCCAGGGGUAACCUAGACAAACUGCACCAAGGACUGGACCUGGCCAAAAAGCAGUUGCGUGCCAUUCAGCAGACAGUAGCCAGCUGUAUUUGCACCAACCUUGUAAUUUCUCAGGGGCCUUUUCUCUACUGCUCACUCAUGGAGGGUACACCAGACGUGAAGCUGUUUUCCAAACCAGUAUCUCUGUGCCUGCUUAGUAAAUAUUUACUCAAAUCAUUUAUUUGCUCUACAAAAAAUAAGCGUUGUAAAUUGCUGCCACUUAUAAUGGCUGCACCAAUGGACGUUGAACAGGGAACUGUGAUCAUGGUGGGGAUUCCUCCGGAGACAGAAAGCUCGGACAAAAAAAACUUUUUUGGAAGAGCAUUUGAGAAAGCUGCGGACAGUACCAAUUCAAGGACUUUACACAACCAUUUUGACAUGUCAAUAAUUGAAUUGAAAACAGAAGACCGGAGCAAAUUUCUGGAUGCACUCAUUUCUCUCUUGUCCUAA